AUGCUUUCUGCAGUAAUGCAUAGGAGCACGAUCAGUGUGCAUCACCGUCUCUUCCAGGUUGCUUUGAGCCUGGUGCUGCUAAGUAGUAUUGCCAUCACAAGAGCCAGCCAUGAGGAGCCCAGUGUUCGUGAAGCUCGGUCGGUGGGUAAUCAGGUGGUAGUGCAACCAGUGGACUGUGUUUUAUCGGAGUGGAGUCGAUGGACACGCUGUGACACCUGUCAGAAAAAGAGGUACCGCUAUGCUAAACUCACCCAGCCAUCUCAGUUUGGCGGGGAGCCAUGUAAUUUUCAUGGCAGGGAAGAGGAGCCCUGCACCGUUCCAGACCGCUACACCUGUGACAACAUUCCUCUGUGUGAGGGAUUCCUCUGCACCCAAACAGGUCGCUGUAUUCCUCGAACUCUGCAGUGCAAUGGGGAAGAUGACUGUGGAGACAUGUCAGAUGAAGUGGGCUGUCGUAACGUCCACAAAGCAUGCAGGCACGAGGCUGAAGAGUACUGGGGAAUCGAGAACCUUGCCAAAGGAAUCAACAUCUUGAACAGUAAUCUGGAGGGAGUAGUGCUUGAUAACAGAUACUAUGCUGGCAGCUGCUUGCCUCACUACAUCCAGGAUGUGAGAUUUAGGAAGCCUUACAACUUGCAGCAGUACACGCUACAGACAAAAGGCUCUUACGAUUUCGCUCUGGAAUCCUACGAAUCCUACAGUGAAUUCAUGGACCACACCAUAGAAGAGCGCACCUCCAAAACCAGUAUUUCCUUUGGAUUUGCCAUUCCAGGCAUCGCUGAGUUUGGCUUCAACUAUAAUGAUAACAAAUAUAGCAAGUCAGAGAAAAAGAUUCGCCGUGCUUCUGGAAAGACUAACAGCUUUGUGCAGGCCACAGCCAAGCUGGAGCUGGCCCAGUACAUCCUGAAGUCAGAUGGUUUGAUGCUGCACCCUGAGUUCCUGCAGCGCCUGCGCUCCCUGCCACAGGCCUACGUUUAUGGGGAAUAUCGGCAGAUCUACAGAGACUACGGCACUCACUACGUCACGGAGGCUACCCUUGGAGGAGACUAUGAGCACACCAUCAUCCUCAAUAAGGAGAAGCUUGAAAAUACAGAUUAUUCUUUGGAACAGUACAAGAAUUGUGUGCAGAUGGGCCUCAAGUUGGGAGCCAACAUAAAAGGUGUCUAUGUAUCAGUGGGUGUAGAAGGUGGAUCCUGUGAUGGUUUGCUGAAUGAGAUGGGAGAGGACACAGCGCUUGGCAGUGUGGUAGAGGACUUUGUUGCUGUCGUAAGGGGUGGCAAUAGUGAAUCCAUCACUGCUCUGGUGUCAAAGAAGCUCCCCACUCCGCAGCUGAUGAGGCUGUGGGGUGACGCCGUGCAUUACAACCCUGAAUUCAUUCACCGCACAACACGGCCGCUGUAUGAGCUGGUGACCUCCAGAGACUUUGCCAAUUACAUCAGCCUGAAGAAUAACCUGAAAAGAGCCCUGUCAGAGUACCUGGGGGAGGCCAGCUCGUGUCGAUGUGCCCCCUGCCACAACAAUGGAGUGGCUGUUCUCAAAGGCACCAGGUGUGACUGUGUGUGUCCAAAUGGCUACAGUGGGCGGGGCUGUGAGAUCACUCAGAGGCCAAAAGAUUUAGCCAUUGAUGGCAGUUGGAGCUGCUGGGGUGCAUGGUCAGCCUGCAGUAAUGGAAGAGUAACGAGGAGUCGCCAGUGUAACAACCCUGCACCCAGCAACGGAGGCAUGGCAUGCAGAGGACUGCAGCAAGAGUCUACUGAGUGCUUUUAACAUCUGUAUGGCUACACCUGAUAACACAUGGCAAAACCGCCUCAAAAAUAGAAGACAAGUCUGUGAUGUUUUGUCUCUAGACUUCCCAGUGGGAGGUAACUGAAGUAUGAUUCACAUUUGGACUUGUAAACAAUAACAAAUUAAACUUUAUGGUGGUCUAUCUGCAAUA